GGUGCAACGGCCGCCCCCGGGGCCCCCGGGGCUCCCCGGGGCCUCUCGCCCUUCCCGCUCCCGUCCCGCCCGCCGCCCUGUUGCUUUCGGUUUUUCCCAGCUGACAGCCGGCUGCCCGGCCAUGGGCACCGUCUACAACCAGACCAGGGAACCGGAGGCGUCCCGCCGCCUGCCGUCCUUUUUGUCGCGGUUCUUCCCAGAUGGCAGCCGGCGGUCCGCACCGGCCAUGGAGAACCGCACCGCCUACAACCAGACCAGAGAACCGGAGGCGUCCCGCCGCCUGCCGUCCUUUUUGUCGCGGUUCUUCCCAGAUGGCAGCCGGCGGUCCGCACCGGCCAUGGAGAACCGCACCGCCUACAACCAGACCAGAGAACCGGAGGCGUCCCGCCGCCUGCCGCCCUUUUUCUUGAGGUGUUGUCCAGCUGGGAGCCGGCAGCCCAGCCCGGCCAGGCAGAACCGCACCGCCUACAACCAGACCAGAGAACCGGAGGCGUCCCGCCGCCUGCCGCCCUUUUUCUUGAGGUGUUGUCCAGCUGGGAGCCGGCAGCCCAGCCCGGCCAGGCAGAACCGCGCCGCCUACAACCAGACCACGGAACCGCAGGCGUCCCGCUACCUGCCGCACUUUUUCUUGAGGUGCUUUCCAGCUGGGAGCCGGCGGCCCGGCCCCGCCAGGGAGAGCGGCUCCGCCUACAAGCAGACCGCGGAACGGGAGGCGAAGACGCCCUGCCCGCCUCCCUUUUGCUUUCGUUUUUUUCCAGCUGGGAGCCGGCGGCCCGGCCCGGGCAUGGAGAACGGCGCCGUCUACAACGAGACCACGGAACCCCAGGCGAAGGGGCCCCGCCGCCGCCCCCUGGGCUGCACCCUGCGGCGCCUGCGGGGAUGGCGGCUGCCAGUCAAGGUGGCCCAGACGAUUUUCUCUUUUGUGGCUGUUGUUUGUGAAGAAGUUGUGGAUGAAUGCAUCACUUGUAGUGGACUUUACUUCUUUGAAUUCACAAGCUGCAGUGCCUUUCUUUUGAGCCUCCUGAUUCUGUAUGUGUAUUGCACUGAUUUUUAUGAAUCACUGGGGGAAGAUAAAGUGAAGAAACUGAAUUUUUGGGCUGUGCCGGUCAUAGGUGCCUGGUUUCUGUUAGCAUCAAUAGUGUUUUCUGCAACCUGCUCUGACUCUGCUGCUGAAAGUGCUGCAUGUGUAUUUGGAUUUUUUGCAACUUCUGCAUUUGCAGCUGAAUUUGGUAGAGAUCUCUAUGAACUCUGUCACAAGCGAAAACAAAACAUUGCUGGAUGCCCUGAAAAUCCUCGUAACACUCCGAGUGCCGUAGAAAAUCAGCCACUGAAUGCAAUUAGCUAACUUCCUGAAAUUCUUUCUUUCUUUUUUUUUUUUUUUUUUUUUUUUUAAUUGGAGCAAACUAAAAUGAACUUUUGGUGCACUGUAGGUAACAACUUCUGUUUCUUUGUUCUAGUCGAUUUUGUACACAUUGCUCAUCACAAAUUUUUAUGGAUUCUUGGUCAGGUAAUGGCAUCUUGAGUGUCAUGUUCUAAGGUACCUGGUCCUGCCACCUGCUGGGAUGACAGGCAAUAAAAAACCUUGGGUCUAAACAGAAUAACUUCAGGGCAGCAGUGUGCUGAUUUGAUUUUGACAGCGAUGGCUAAUUAAGGUUAAUGUCUGAGGCAUAAAUUCUGAGCUAUAAACUGAAGAUAUUUCCUGGUUAAAUGAUCCAGAUGUUUCUGUUGCGAGUUAAAAAUUAGCACAGCAGAAUUAAUUUUUGUACUUCCUGGUCAAACUGAAUGCAAAAGGGAUACCUAACUGGAAUUUACAGGAAUGUUUAUCUUUAAGUAAGGGGUUUGGAGUUGUUUUUGCUACUCCAGUGUCUGUGGAGAUCAGUUUAAUGCUGUAGUGACUGUAUGGGGUUUAUGGGGAAGGUAAUGUAAAUAGUAUAAUGAGGAGACAGUUUUGCACUCCAUGAUUGUCAAAGUUUGGACUUGUAUGCCAGAAUCUUCUUUCAGAUGGUUUCAAAAGCUGUAACAUUUGCAGGAAGAAACUUGAAAGGCCAGCAAUGAGAGGAAUAAGAUAAAGAAUAGGUAUUUUACAUGAAGCAACCCCAGAAGCAGCAAUCUGAAUAUCAAUGGAAAAAACCUUAGAGCAUGUUGGUUCUACCGUGGUGAAUAUUACUUGCAAAGUUAAUGCCAUAUGCAGCUUGUUUAUGUAUAGAUAAUGCUAAGUUUUGCCAGAAUGGUUUUGAACCUCACCAUUUUCUGUGUUUGUAAAUAUGGCAGUAGCUUGAGACUCCUUGCUGCUGACUAGCUCAGUUGGUAAACAGGUAAAUAAGCACUUGUCCCCUUGAUUUGUUUUGCAAGCAACAGUCUGUAGGACUCCAAGGAACACUACUGAUGGGACACAUCAGACGAGUGACGGAUGUGUCAGACCAGAUGUUGAUGGCUGUAAAAGAAAUGAAGUGCUGAAAAAGCAUUUUUCUGUUGUCUGAGGUAAAAGCAAAUCUGCUAUGCCUCUCUUAAGAGGAAAGCUUUCAAAAGCAGAGCAAAUUACUGUAAGCCAGGAGAUGUUCCAAAAUACCAAAGCAAAUGAGAAAAACCUGAUUGAGUGCUUGAGACAUUUGCUGUCUCCCAGGCGUUAACUGCAUUUCGCCGAUAUCCCAACCUGGCGUGUUCCCAGUCCUGAAACCUGUUGUGCUAGCAUGAGACCAGGCCCUGCAGAAACUGGCUGAGCUGUAUUUAGGAAAGGAAGAGGGAGCUGUAUUUAGGAAAGGAAGAGGAAGCUGUUUUAAGACAAAGGACUGUAAUAGCAAGACAAAAUUUGGGUUUUUUCCCAUUGCUGCCACUUUCUGAUGAGUGUGAUUUUGUGAUGUUCUCUCUCUCUGUGGCCUGAGACUUAAGCCUAACACUACACUUUGCUUGGAGGAUGCCAAAUUUUGCCAGGUGGUGUGAAGCACCAAGUUAAAGCCACAGCUCGGUUUUAGAAUUAUGCAUAGAAGAGAUACUUUCCUUCAUAGAAUUUUCUGUGUUGUAAAGAAGAAAUGCUCUUUAGACUGGCUUUAUUUUUUUUUUCAUGUAUUUAUUAGUGUCUGUUUGCACUGAAAUCUGAUUUCAAUCACUGCUUGCUGUAGCUAUCUCUGAUAACUGGGUAGAUGAGAGAUGUUUGGUUUACAAGCAGUGUUACUGGUGAUGCAAAAUAUUCAUAAUGAGAAUUACCUCCUCUAUGACCUGCAGUGUCUUACUCUGGGGACCAUGCCCAUAUAAGUAACAUUCCAACAGUUUUGUUUUGGUUUCUUUUUAUUGCCUAGACUCCUGCUGAAUCUUUUCCACGCCAAAAUGUCUGUAUUCUUUAAAUUUUCAUCUGUAAUUGGUAGCUGUAAAUAUAGUGUAAAAGCAACACUGUGCUGCUAAGUAUUUAUUAAGCAAUGCAGCACUGUGAAUGGACUUUUAUCUUGAGGUAAUUUCUCCUGUUAUUUUUCUCAGCCUGAAGAUAAGUUAAGCGAUGUCUGGGGUUUUUUUUCUAUAGGCUUUUCCCCACUUAAGUGAUGUGCUACUGAUGUCCAUUCCUGGAGAUACAGAAAGGGAUCUGUAAAGUCAUCUCCUGGCCUUGGCAGUUUACCUGGGCAUAGUCUGUCACACAGUAGUUAAAUACUAGGAGCCAGUCACAGAAUGGUUAUAGGUUUAAGUCAGUUGCCUAAAAUGUUGCUUCCAAACCAGUUGUUGGCUAACAUGCAUGACAGUGCUGUUAAUCCUUGCACCUCGUAAGGUGUUUUUGCUGUUUUGAAAUAGUUGAGGAGCAGAUUUGCGCGCGCGUGUGCUGUUUUCUGCUUUUGUGAGGUUAUUUUAUUAACUGCUUUAUCAGCUUCCUAUAUCCUAGCUUUCCUUAUCACUCCUAUGUCCUCUGCCCUCCCAGUCUAGGUGGGGGAGAGGCUUCCUUGCUGCAGUGACUGAGCAGACUUGUCUGCAGUCUUGACAUGCCCCUUUGAUGCCUCUGGUGUCAGGUGCUGGCUGUAAAUGUCUGUCUCUUAAUUAGGCUGAUCCUAGAGAAUGCUGUUGGAGCUGGAUUAAUGUCUGGUUCUGCAGGAGCUCUGUGUGCAUGGCUGGAUGCCUCUUACCCCUCGUGCUCUUGACAGCAAAGCCCUUUGCUUGUUUCCCAACCUGCUUCUGAUUAAAUCAGCCAACCUUAUUUAAACCACCUAUUUAAAUUGCUUCCAUUAAGGUGGUUGACUUUGGCUUAAGCAGAUUACGGGUUGUUCAGGAGAGUGAUAGAGGCUCUGGCAGAAAUGCUGUUAGAUACAACUGCCUCAAAUUUCUUCUGUUUGCAAAGUGAACAUCUCUGUACAUCAUAACCUGUGGUAAACCCUUUUGGAAAGAAGCAGCGGGCCCAGUACAUCUGGGGAUUGUCUUCUCCAUUCUUCACCACAGUGCUUGGCAGUGGUGUUGGAACCUUCUUGGACACUCAGCUUUGGUGUUUUCCAGCUGAAGCUGUCAAGGUUAAGGCUCUGCAGCCACUUUCAAGGCUUUUUUGCAGUGCCUUGAGAAUCAGUGGAGAGGAUUUUUCAGGAUACAUGAGGACUUGUCCAGUGGCUGGACUGUGAACUUCUGCUCUGAAGAUCUGUACUGGGCAUUGUGUAGAUUGUGAGUGUUAAUUUUUGUGUUUGAUGUUUAGCCCACGUUAAAAUCACAGUGCUGCCAGUGCCCUUUGGUUCUGAGUAUGGGAAGGAAUUGUGCCUUACUGCCUGUAUCCUGUGCUUGAAAAGAGCAGGGAAGGGUUGUGGUCUGUUACAGGUGAGUUCUACCUUUGCACCUUCCAACCUGAAAGAGCAGUGGGUGUUCUCACACAAUUCUCAGAGCUCAGCACAAGAUGGUUUUGCAUGAUGGCUGUCAUGGUGAUCCUCGUUCAAAUUGGUGCAAUAAAAUACCAAGCUUUCUAAAUGGAAGAGAAAUUCUUAGUGAAAAGUUUCAAAGGUUCUAUAAAAUUGUAGCAAAUAAAGAUUCUGAUAGUGCCCUGUGGAUGGAAAUUCAUCUUUUUUUUAGUCUAUUGCUGUAAACAUAAGCAGCUCUCUGGAUAUUAAAUUUUAUGCUGAACAGAGUUAUAUGUCACUUUUAAUACCAUUAAGAAUUUAAGUGAUUUUUAAUUAUUAUUAAAGCAGGAUGAUAAUACAUUAAUUUUAUAUAUAUAAAACAAGAAUUUUAUAGUUUCCAGUGUUGCCUUGAAUUUUCAUCUAAACAAUUUUUCAAUGCUUAAAUAGUUUUUUAUCAUUCUAAACCUGUGAUCUUUUUUAAUACAUUAUGUUUUCUCGA